CUGCGCCCCCCGGUGGCCAUGCCUCCCAAAAUCGAGGAAAUCAAGGACUUUGUGCUCACGGCCAGGCGAAAGGACGCCAAAUCCGUCAAGAUUAAGAAAAAUAAGGAUAACGUGAAGUUUAAAGCUCGGUGCAGCAGACACCUUUACACCUUGGUCAUCACGGACAAGGAGAAGGCAGAGCAACUGAAGCAGUCCCUGCUCCCAGGUUUGGCAGUGAAAGAGCUGAAGUGA